GUUUUAAAUUACUAAAUGGUUUAAUUGAUUUUAAAGGUAAUCAAGUAUCAAAAACAGAUGUUUUACAGCUUUGCCCACAUUUUUUGAUGAUGUAAUUUAUGUUUUAGGUUAAGGCUGUUUAGUUACAGGUCAUUUUUAUGAUUAUGUUGCUGAAUUUAGUUUAGAUAAAGUUAAGAUGUCAUUUAGAUUUUCAAAAGCCUUUAUAAUUUAGUUAAAUCACGUGUAAUGCUCUGGUUACUUCUGGUGCUUUAUAUAGGUUAUGAAACUUAUGGGCAUUGUUUUUAGUCUAAUAAAUGUUAUUUGCCAGUAAGCUUAUGUUUAAUAGGAAGUAGUGAAGUAAAAAUGAUAAAUUAUAAAAUAAAAGAGAAGCUUCGGAACAAGGCUGUUAAAAGUAUGUAGGAGAUAUUUUGCUUUUGUGAAAAAAUGAGAAAAAGUUGAGGUUUCUGAGAAAAUAUAGACUGCAUAAUAGCCAAGUUGUAUGACUAAUAUUUGUAUUAUAACCCUGUACUUCCAUAAUUAUUUUUUUUCUUUUUUAGAUUAAGUUAAGUUGCUUUUGAAAUAAUUGUUUUUUAUUGCCCCGCAAAUGAUUUUUUUACCCCAAAUCCUGGGGAAUAAAGAACAGCACAAAAUUUCGAACAAAAUUUUAAGUAAUCACUAAUCAUAGAAAUCCUACAAUCUUUUUUGGACAUCAAAAUAUGAUGAAUACUGUUCCUCCAGACUAAAAAUAUUUCUUUUUUAGUUGAUUACUUGGGAGAAAAUCCAAACUCCAAAGUUUAUGUUUUCUGUUUUUUAUUACCCCACUUAACUAUAUAUAUAUAUAACUUUUUAUUCUUUUAUUCCUAUGUUUUCUAAAAUAUUGCUUUGUGUUACAAAUUUGAUCAUAUCUAAUUAUCUAAUAUGUUUUCCGUUUUUUAAUCAAUUUCUUGUUCAUUUUCUAUUUACUGGGGUUUUGCUAAAAUAAGGGUUUACAAUAUUGACAAAAAUAAUCUGUCAUUUUGUAGUCAUCAAACUAUGUUUAUUUACAGUCAUUUUUAUUUAUCAACAUAGAUUGUAUCAUUACUGCUUGCUUAGAAUGGAUGAGUUAUCCUGUCCGAGAUGUCGUAUGACCAAAUAUCGAAAUCCUUCACUUCGUUUAUUAAUUAACACAUGUGGCCAUGCUCUCUGUGAGGCAUGUGUUGAACUUACAUUCACCAGGGAGUCUGCCCCAUGUCCAGAGUGUGGUAGAACGCUAAGAAAAAUUGGUUUUCGAGUUCAGUUAUUUGAAGACACACAGGUGGACAAAGAAGUUGAUAUUCGAAAGAGUGUUUUGAAAAUAUACAACAAGCAGGAGUCCGACUUUACCAAUUUAGAUGACUACAAUGAUUACCUUGAAGAAAUAGAAAAUAUUGUUUUUAACUUGGAGAGUGGAAUAAAUGAAAAGGAAACUAGAGAAAAAAUGGCAGAAUAUAAAAAAGAGAAUGAAACAAUAAUUCGAAAGAACCAGAUCUACCUUCAUCAGCAACGAAAGUUUUUCAAAGAAGCAAUGGAACAGGAAGAAAGAGAAAAACAGCUUCGUGCUAUCAUGCAAAACAAACUUGACCAAGAAACCGAAUCCAAUCGGAAGAGAAAUCAUGAAGAAUUGAUCAAAGAUCUUACGACAAAUACAAAUAUGUCAUCAAAGGAAGUACUUGAAAAGCACAAGCGUCUGAAACUUAAUGAAGAACAGUCACGUCUAGUAAAAGAAUCACUGAAAGAAAAGAUCGCAGUUGGUGGUUUUAAUAACUUAGUCAGUGGCAGCAACGUUAACUCUAUACCGCCACCUGCUGUUGAGAUGCCUUCUUCUGCUUAUGUUUUUCAACCAUUGGUCAUAGAACUCUUUGGACCAGAAAUGCCUAACAAACAAAAAAUGCUUGAUUUAGGUUAUAUGGGCCAUGUAAGGCAAGCAACAUCACGUGACAUUGGUGGUGGUUAUGGUAGUUUAUUGACUUGUAAAAAGGCUCUUAAUGAAGCUUUUAGUGGACUGUUUUUUAAUCCAGAAAGUAUAGCCUCUCAAGUAAUGUAGAUAAAAUGUUUCAAUAAAUGUGGUUGUUUGGUUGUGUUUAGUUAUCUUUUUAUACACAUUGUAACAAGCAUGUGACCGAUUAGUUAUUAUUUGCAAUUAACGGUGACAAUAAAAAUAAACAACAUUUGUCACCCGGGUGAACCAAA